AUGGAUGUGUCUGGUUUCGCGAUUGUAACGGGCGCUGCCAGCGGUAUUGGGAAAGCCAUCGCGUUGGGGUUCGUCAAGGAAGGCGCAAAAGGCGUGGCGCUGAUUGACAUUGACGGAGCCGCACUGGAGACGGUCAAGAAGGAGAUUGUCCAAGAUUUGGCUCCCCCGGACUGCAAGGUUCUGACCUAUGUGCUUGACACAACCGAUGAAAGUGGCGUGGAGCGUGUCGUUGAAGCUGCCUACGGCGAGUUCGGCAGGCUCGACUACUUGGUAAACUGUGCUGGAAUCAUCCGGUUUUGCUCUGGAGGAGCCGCCGAGAUGUCGACUGUGGACUUUGACCGGUCACACGAUGUGAACCUGCGAGGGGUCUUCUUCUUCCUCCGGGCUGCGACCAAGAUCAUGUUGGGCCAGCCUCUCCGAGAAUUAUCCCUCGACAAGCGAAGAAAGCACCGUGGAAGCAUCGUCAAUAUCUCCUCGGUGAGCGGCCUCACCGGUCAGCCUGGGGCCCUGGCCUACAAUAGCUCCAAGGCAGGGGUGCUGGGGCUGACUCGCGGCGCGUCCGAGGACUACGCUGCGCGAGGAAUUCGCGUUAAUGCUGUUUGCCCGGGUUAUGUCGAUACUCCAUUGACACGGGGCCUGCCUGGGAUCCGAGACGAAUUGGACAACCUGGCGACAAAUCUGACGGCAAUUGCUCGUGUGGGAUGGCCCGAAGAAAUCGCCGACGCAGUCCUUUUCUUGAGCGGUGGAAGAAGUUCUUUCAUCACCGGUGCGACGAUCGUGGUGGAUGGAGGCUAUAUCACGAGGUAG